UUAAAAUGAAGCCGAGCGCAAUGUUUCUAAUGCUGCUCCUGUUUUGUGUUUGUUUUGAUCCAAGUCGGGAACAAUCGGACUCCAAUACAACAUGCACGGUCACGGUGUUGGAUAAGGAGGAGCUGACCAAGAGACUGGCGCCUUACUUUGGCAAGGAUUCUCCAGCCAAAGUUCUCGAAUAUCAACUGAAAUUCGUCAAUGCCUCGUACACUUACAAUAACACAUUUCCAACGCACUCUUAUGAAACUUGGAGAUGGUUUCGCACACAAGACUAUGGACCAAGCUUUCUAUUCUUUGUGUUGGAUGGUCUAUCAGGCCUUUUCGACAUACUUUUUUCUCAUCGAUCAUCUAUGGAAAUAGUACAACUCAAAGAUUCUCCCUUGAAUUGCCUAAGAAACUUGACAGCGUCAGAGAAGGAAAUGACCAUAAGAAACAUUCUUAUUUCUGAUUUCGGCAUUAAUGAGGAUAAUCUGCAAAAAAACAUUGAACGCUCAAAGAAAGUUAAUAUUUGCUUAAACUACAAAGUAUCAUCUACUUUUAAAGAAUUUAGAUGUUGCGGAUUCAACAGUGAGAACGAAAUAACUUGCGUCGAUCUUACUUCAAAAUGGUACCUGCACUGGAUUUAUGAUAAAACACCUUUUUUUGCUGCCAUUAUAAUUGGGAUUUACACUCUAUAUUUAUAUUUUAUCUCUUUUAAAAAUGUAACUCAAUAUUUUGUAAGGGUUGAAGCACGACAAACAACAUGGGAAGAAAAGAAGCCUGUGCGGAACACCAGCACCGGUAAUGAUGUUUCAACUUACAUGGUUUAUGCAUCAGACUUAAUGCACCGAGAGACUACGCAAUCGCUUCCUUUUCUCUAUAUUUCUCAGAUGAUGAAAGACAAGCUUAGCUGCUGCAAGUCCAAUAGUGUAAAGAAAACGAGCUUUCCAUCGGCAUUUUCAUUAUUUCCUGCAAUAAUUAUUUGGUUUACCCCCUUUGUUUUUUUAUUUAAGAAACUUUAUGAGCAGCAUUUAUAUGAUAAGUUUGCAUUUUUAAGUGUACAUAUUACACUGUUUUUAAUUCACAUUAUCAUUGCACGUUGUUUAGUUUCUAAACAAUACUUAUGCUGCGGCAAGAAAAAAACAUGCUGCAAUAUUUGCUUCUGCCUGUACCUGGUCUAUAUUUUUUUUAUUUACUACUGUCUUAGCAUAAUUCUUUAUGUUAAAAUUGUUUUGGCAGCUACUGCUUUUUUCAUUUUUGAAUUUAAAACGAUAGAUAUUUAUUUGUCAAUAGCUUUCGUCAUUUUAGUAUACUUGUACGAUUUUAUAUCCGACCUCAAAACAUCACUUGGAAUGUGUUUAGAGAGAUUUGAAUACGUUUUGACGGACAUCAUACAUAGACACAGAUCAGAGAGCAACACAUGGGAAGAUAUAAUAAAACUACAUUUUGAAGACCGGGAUUUACGAAACGGAUCACUUUUCACACACAAUCAAGCGGCAGUAUUUUAUGACUUGGAGGGAAAAAUGAAUUUUUCCAGGCGGUUCUUUUACAAAUGCUGCUCACAAUAUCGCGGGAAAAAACAAUUUUCAGGAUUUAAUGUUUCGAAGGUAUUACUGGCCGUGAUCGGAUUUGCUUAUUUACUGAUGAUUGGUGCGACAGUGCUGUAUUUUAACGACCUUAAUGACUACAGUUCAUUCGAAUCAAUAUUUACAAUUAUCAGCGCAGGAAUGUUGCCAAAAGUUAUAACAAAAUUUGGUACCAAACUUUUCAAAGGGAGAACACAGAUUGUUACUCAGCCAGAGGAAAGUUUUAAGGAAGCUGUCGAAGAAGUUAUAAAAACUUUGGCCACAAAAGAACCAGAUAUCAGUAAAUGUGAAAGACUGAAACAAUUAUUAAAAUCUUUCAAAGAAAAAAUUCGCAGUAUUAUCAGCACAAUUAAAGGCAACAUAGAAUUAUUAUUUGAAGACCCGGAAAAUAUUUCGAACCAGGAACAAGAAAAUACAGAAUUGAGUCAUUUGCUCCCAGAUGUUGAGAACGUUUGAUAUGGAAUAGACUGUUGUGUAGAUUUCAAAGCACAACUGUAUUAUUAAUGUAGAUAUUUUAUAAUUAGUCAUAGGUUUUUGAUAACAAAUACGAACAUAUGCGUUCUACUAUGUAUUAAUAAAUUGUAACUAACUCAUUUCAUAAAUAUACCAGUUGUUUUUUGUAUGGGAUAUAUUUCUGAAAGAAAAUGUGUCAGUUAUUGACGCCUGUAGAAAGCAAGCAAAUGUCUACUUUUUUUUUAACAUCAUUUGUUAUACACUUAAUCAGUGCGUUAAAAACAUUUUAAUGUCGAAUAUUAUUAACAAUUUAUUUACUCCACCGGACAUUUUCAUUGAUGACAGUAGAAUACCUGUUUUGGAACCGCUUCAAUUUCGGUACUAAAAAUGUACUUAUUUUUAAAUGUUUGGUAGACCACAUUCUGAUUUAUUGUCUUGAUAUUUUUUUAAUAACUUGCAGUAA